AUGAUCCAGCCCGCCGCCCAGGUUGACGGGCGGGGGACAGAAGAAGACUCAGAAAAUGACGAAGACUUAUUCAACUUUCGCUCACUUUUUCGCCACAUGCAUGGAGAAGCCAGGCGGCUAUAUAGCGGCCUCUCCUGUGAUAUCGCCCGCUCGGAGCGCAAUCUCCGCCUGAAUCGCUACAGUAACGUAAGCCCGUACGAUUCGACACGAAUCAUCCUUUCGGAAGUAGACGGCACCGACUACAUUAAUGCAAACCUCGCACAUUCCAGCGCAGAACCUCAACUAACCUAUAUUUUAACUCAAGGCCCACUCAGAUCGACAGUAGAUGAUUUCUGGCGAAUGGCGUGGGAGAAAAACGUGACAAACAUUGUGAUGCUGAAUAAACUCUUUGAAAAUGGAAGGAAAAAAUGUGAACAGUACUGGCCAGAGCUCGUUGGAUUGUAUAUGAAUUGCUCGGCCGGGCCGGACAUCACUUAUAAAAUUACGCUCAAAGAUGAAAAACACGACGAGCACGAUCGCUUCGUGGUGCGUCAAUUCGAACUCGAGCGGAGCGACUCUUCUCAAAACUCGACGGAAAUGAGAACCAUCACACAGUUCCAUUACAUCGCCUGGCCGGAUUUUGGCGUCCCAGAAACUACCAGAGACUUUGGCGAUUUCUUCCAUCUUUUAAAUAAACAUGAUUGCUUCAGUUCCGCCUCACGUCCUAGCAUUGUUCACUGCUCCGCUGGAAUCGGUCGAACAGGGACGCUAAUUCUUGUCGAUUCAUGCCUCAAGCUUUUGUCGAAGCAGAAAUGUGACAAGGUCGAGCAAGCCGAUCUCAUUGACAUGGCAUAUCGCGAAGUGCUCUAUCUCCGACAAUUCCGCGCUGGUCUCAUUCAGACAGCGGAUCAACUAGAAUUCUCAAUCAGUUCAAUCGAAGUCCUCUACAACGAGUACUUGUUAACUCUCAACGACCAAGUUGAAAAUACUCCACCACCAACAACAACUGAAGAUGCUUCAAACGGAAAACCGGAGGAACUUUCGGGCAAAGAAAAAAUUGACUUUUCCUCAUCAUCAGAAACAACAGAAACUUCAGAUGAAGAGCCAGCUACUUCAGAAGCUACUGUCGAAACUCAAGAUGAAAUUCAAGGUGAAACUUCAAUGACAUCUCCACCCUGCGAAGCUGGCGACUCUCCAAAAAGAAAACCUGAACAGGAGAAAAUAAUGGAGCUGCGAGAGCGCGUCGCCAUGAUCAAGAACAAAAUGAGAGAGGUUGACCGACAAAGAGAAGAAGCAAAAAUAAGGAGACCUAAACUCUUUAUUGCGAUUGGCGUCGGAAUAGCAGUCGGAAUCGGCGCGUGGUACUGGUUCAACGGAAAAGAAGCGCCUUCAGUAUCUGAUGCAAUCGACGAAAGCUACGUUUCGGUGGAAGUUGAACUCUAG